AAAGCGCUCCCCGGGGGCAUUGCGCGUGAGCCAGGCCGGCAAUCGCAGGCCCAGAGGGCAGCUCUACCACAGGAGACAAGACACGCCUCAGCCCGGGCAAAUUCCCGGCCUCCUCUGGCCCCAGGCCAGCAGCCACCGCCCGCCACCUCCUCUCCUCCGCCAUCGCCCCGGCCGCCCCGCCGGGCCCCAAACUCUCCCGCGCCUGGGUUCGCGGCCCCUCUGCCCACGGCGCUGGCGGCGCGGUCCGGACGGGACCCAUGUGGCGCAUGCGUGGUGGUGCCACCAGGCGCGGGAUCUGUGGCGGUGGGGACGAUGGCGGAGACAGCAGCCGGCUGGGCCGUACGGGCCGGCCUCGCAGGGGCGGCGGCGGCUGGCGAGGCCGUGCGGGCGGCGCCCGACAGCAGCUGGAGGAGCGCUUCGCAGACCUGGCGGCGAGCCACCUGGAGGCCGUCCGCGCGCGGGACGAGCGGGACCGGCAGAACGCGCGGCUCCGGGAGGAGAAUGCCCGGCUGCGGCUUGAGAACCGGCGACUGAAGCGUGAGAACCGCAACCUCUUCCGCCAGGCCUUGCAGUUCCCGAGUGAAGGCGGCGCCCCGGCGCCGGCGGAGGCGGCAGAAGCGACCCCGGGCCUCAACGCGGGGGGCACGAACCGCCGGGCGAGAGGCGGAAGUCCUGAGAACGAGCCGGGCAGCUCCAGGGCCCUGAGGGCCCGGCUUGAGAAGCUGGAGGACAUGUACCGCCGGGCCUUGCUGCAGCUGCACCUGGAGCAGCGGGGGUCACACCCGCGUGGGGACAAAGAGGAGCCAUUACUGCGGCAACCUGAGGCGGGCCUUCGACCCCCGGACCUGGAGCCCCCUGAGCCCUAGCUGUAGCCAGCGCCCGCAGCCAAAGAGAGGCGGGGCUUCUUACUGGCGCCUCCUCCGCGUUCCGACGCACCCCCGGCAGCGCACGUCCUGGGCAGCGCUGCGCGCGCGGAAACUGGGUCGCGGUGCUCUUCCAGUCCUUGCAGGGACUCCAGACAUCCUACCGGCGCUUAUGUUUGGGUUGAGAAUCGUGGAAGGGCCCCUUGGAGUCCCGAUGUAUGCAGAGCACCUGCCUCUUUUCCCUGCUGGUUUCAGAGGACAAAGGCCUAGCAGCAGAGGGGCAGAUCUUUUAAAAACAACAAAAACUGGGUGCCAUUCUGUACCUCCUGAUGCCUGAACUUUUCUGGGCGUUUUGAGAACCUGUUGCGCUCUCUCUGUUUUGGUUUUUUUGAGGAAUGAAUUAUGUAUUUUGA